AUGGAUGACAAGCAUAGCAUUGAUGAGUUCAGUGUAACUCAUGAAUAUAUUCUGCCGAGCUCUUCAAAAAGUAUGGAAGGCAUUGGCAGAAGUAGUAGUUAUAAAAAUGACAAAACAUUUAUCGAUGUAUAUUCCAGACGGUCAAGCACAGAAGGACCUCCUGUUGCAAAAGGAACUAAACCACCAAGAAAUAUUUUUCAAAGAGCUAUUGACUCAUUCAAACCUCCUGAAGAUGGCUCCUUUGAUACAAGCAAUUUAAAGAAAACAUUAAAAGCAAGACACUUAAUAAUGAUUGCCAUAGGUGGUAGUAUCGGGACAGGUCUUUUUAUUGGUAGUGGUCAAGCUCUUGCGACAGGCGGACCAUUAGCAGUUAUUAUUGGUUGGGCUAUUGCAGGAUCUCAAAUCAUCGGUACUAUUCAUGGCCUUGGUGAAAUUACAGUUCGUUUUCCCGUUGUAGGUGCUUUCGCAAAUUACAGUACUAGAUUUCUUGACCCAAGUAUUAGUUUCGUCGUUUCAACUAUUUAUGUUAUACAAUGGUUUUUUGUUUUACCUUUAGAAAUCAUAUCUUCUGCAAUGACUGUUCAAUAUUGGAAUGAAUCAAUUGAUCCGGUAGUGUGGGUUGCUAUCUUCUAUGUUACCAUUGUUUCAAUAAAUUUAUUCGGUGUACGUGGAUUUGGUGAAGCUGAAUUUAUUUUUUCAACCAUCAAAGUUAUUACAAUUUCUGGGUUCAUUCUUCUUUGCAUUAUUUUGAUUGCAGGUGGUGGUCCAGAUCAUGUGUAUGUUGGUUCUAGGUACUGGCACAACCCAGGUUGUCUUGCAAAUGGCUUCCCAGGUGUUUUAUCUGUCAUGGUUGUUGCUUCUUAUUCUCUAGGUGGUACUGAAAUGACUUGUUUAGCUUCUGGUGAGACUGAUCCAAAGGAAUUACCAAGUGCUAUUAAACAAGUAUUUUGGAGAAUUUUAUUUUUCUUUUUGGUGUCUUUAACGUUAGUUGGAUUUUUAGUACCCUAUACAAAUGAAAAUCUGCUAGGUGGGUCCUCUGUUGAUAACUCCCCUUUCGUUAUCGCAAUUAAAAUACAUCAUAUUAAAGUUUUGCCUUCCAUAGUUAAUGCAGUUAUUCUUAUUAGUAUUCUGAGUGUCGGAAAUUCGUGUAUUUUUGCUUCUAGUAGAACGUUAUGCUCAAUGGCUCAUCAACAUUUACUACCUUGGUGGUUCGGUUAUAUUGACCGUGCGGGUAGACCUUUAGUUGGUAUUAUUACAAACUCCUUAUUUGGCUUGUUAGCCUUCUUAGUUAAAUCUGGUUCAAUGAGUGAAGUAUUUGAUUGGCUAAUGGCAAUUGCUGGUUUAGCAACUUGUAUUGUAUGGCUCAGUAUCAACGUUUCACAUAUUAGAUUUCGUCUUGCAAUGAAAGCACAGGGUAGAUCUCUCAAUGAAUUAGAAUUUGUUAGUGCUGUUGGUAUUUGGGGUUCUGUUUACUCUGCCAUUAUCAAUUGUUUAAUUUUAGUAGCCCAAUUCUAUAUCUCAUUAUGGCCUAUUGGUGGCUGGAAAAAUAGUGAAGAUAGAGCCAAAAAGUUUUUCCAAAGCUAUUUAUGUGCUCUAAUCAUGGUUUGCAUUUGGAUUGGACAUAAAAUUUAUUAUUGGCGUCAGACCGGCAAAAUUUGGGCUUUUACUCCAUUGGCAGAAAUAGAUUUGGAUGAAGGCAGAAAGAAUAUCGAUUUAGACGUGUUGAAGCAAGAAAUUCAUGAAAGAAAGAUGUAUUUGAAAUCACGCCCAUGGUAUAUUAGAUUUUAUCACUACUGGUGCUGA